GCUUUGACCAAAAUAAUGGAAAAAGGCAAAAGCCUGGGAGUUUUGUUACUACAAGUACGUGAAGAAGAAGUGUGCAGAAGCUGUGUAAGUCAAGCUCACAGGUUUGCAGCCUGGUUUGGGGAAGUUGGUUUGGAAACUCACUCGCGACACUUUCAACGACAACAUGUCGAAGGCAGGCCAAUUGGCUCUGCUGAGCGUGUCCGACAAGACUGGGUUGGUUGAAUUUGCCAAGCGCCUUCAUGGCAUGGGCUUCAAGUUGGUCGCCUCCGGAGGGACAGCUAAAAAGAUCCGGGAAGCUGAAAUCCCAGUCACUGAUGUUGCUGACUUGACCGGGGCACCAGAGAUGCUGGGUGGUCGUGUGAAGACACUGCACCCUGCUGUGCAUGGAGGUAUUCUGGCGCGUUGUACUGAGUCUGACCAGGCUGACAUGACCAAGCAAGGACACGAGUACAUCAGAGUUGUAGCCUGCAACCUGUACCCAUUCUCAAGUACCGUAGCCAAGGAGGGUGUCACUGUUCCCGAAGCCGUUGAACAAAUAGAUAUUGGCGGAGUGACAUUGCUAAGGGCUGCAGCCAAAAACCACAACCGUGUUACAGUUGUCUGCGAUCCAUCUGAUUAUGAGCGGAUAUCGGAGGAAAUGGCGGGAGGUGAGGCUGGGGACACCAGUGAAGAAACACGCCAAGCCCUAGCUUUGAAGGCUUUCAACCACACAGCAGCGUACGAUAAUGCUAUCUCGGACUACUUCAGGCAGCAAUAUGGCAAGGGUGUCAGCCAGAUGCCGCUGCGCUAUGGCAUGAACCCUCACCAGAAACCUGCUCAGCUGUUCACAACAGAUGCUAAGCUGCCUCUGGAUGUGCUGAAUGGCUCGCCAGGAUUCAUCAACCUCUGCGAUGCCCUGAACAGCUGGCAGCUUGUGAAGGAUUCUGAGGAGCGGACGCACUGGGCACGCAAGUGUCACGACGCUCUGGAUGUCCUGCUGAAUGAUGGCCGGCGAAGUUGUGACACACUCUCUGCAUCGACACCUGUCGAUCCCACGCCAGAGCCAGCUGCUGAUCCCGUUUCUACGUGUCACACUGCUUUUGCAGCUCCGUCAUCGUCAUCGCCAUUGUCCUCGCUCUCGUCCUCACUCCCGUCACCAUCUUCCUCGGGGAAAAAGAUUUCACUUGCUGAUGCGCUCAAGUCAACUGUGGUGAAAGCUGCGAUUUGCAGUCAAGUAGUAGCCCCUAAAACAUCGGGGGAUGUCACAGCAGGUUCUUGUGUUACUCCACAAAAGCGCCCUGCAGAACUGCAGGCACCUGAUGCAGUCUCCAAACGUAUUUGUGUCAACUCGACUGCUACAGCAUCAGCGUGUACGGUCCCAGCAAGUGACGCGUCAGCAAGUACGGCACCGCCUGGGUCUCCAGUAGCAUCCGCGAAUGCUGAGAAGACUUCGGAUUCCACAACCUCUCCAACUGCAUCGCCCAAUAAAAAUAAGGUGGCCGACCAGUCUCUUGCAGAGGUGUCCGCGUCUUCACCUCCUUCGAAACCCGAAGAUCCGUCAGAUUCGGCCACAUCAACAGCUGACACGACUGCAGAUGAAUCAUCCGAAAAGGCAACCGAGUCGUGUGCGAAGUCUUCCAAAUCUUCAACCGAGAAAACUGCCGAGUCCUCGUCAUCUUCUGAUGUGCGCACGUACCCACUGAAAUCCGAACCGAAGUCCGACUCUGAGGUUCUGGAGCAGAUGGGACUAAAAGAAGUCAAGCCUGGUGAAAUCAAGGACUGCUGUAACACGCGCCUGCAGGACUUUCUCCGCGCAAUUUUCGCCCAGAUGGACCGGCAGCACGACCGCAGAGUGGAGUUCCAGCUUUACUUGGACGAGCGUCGGAGAGAAUUUGAGGAGGACAUGCGCACUCGGGAACGCUCGUACCGCGAGGAAGACUGGUUGCGGUACCAGCGCAGCAACAUGGACUUGGUGGAUAGCGUCAGAGAAAUCCAUGAACACUUGAAGUCCGUAUUUGACGGGUCCGACUAUGACACUGACCAUAGUGGGUGCACGUAGAACAGGCUCCGUUAACCCAAGCUGGCCUUUGUUUUAGUAAUUAUUCCAUCCUAAACGCCGUUAGGAAAUCCAUGAACACUUGAAGUCCGUAUUUGACGGGUCUGACUAUGACACUGGCCAUAGUGGGUGCACGUAGAACAGGCUCCGUUGACCCAAGCUGGCCUUUGUUUUAGUAAUUAUUCCAUCCUAGUAACGUCGUUCUAUGAAUUGGCUUGUGUAGGUCCAAACCCGCUUGCUCGGAUUGCAGUCCACGCUGGUUUCAUUCGACUUAUCCUUCAACUUCCAACUGACUUUAUGUCCGCUCUUCAAGUUAUAUGUGUAGACAAAGAGCUCCGUCUAGACUCUGACUAAUGUGCACUUCCCUGCAACGCCUAAGCACGUGCGGUUCUUUGGCCAUUCCGUGUGUCCCGUGUUUGUGUUUGUUUGUUCGUGUUUGUGUUUGCCGACUGGAAUUUCACAUCAAUUCGGGUUUUUUGCUACAUUUGUGGAUCUGCUGCCGUUCGAAAAAAGUUUCGACCGCCAUAUCUCUGCUUCAUCUGGUGAUUUAGACAGCUCUUACACUACUAAGUCUGCCCGCGUUUUAUCCGAGUUUAGUGCCCAAGCCAAUCAGUGUGUACUGCUCACGUAACUAUUUAUUAAGUCUGCCCGUGUUUUAUCCAAAUUUAGUGCCCAGGCCAAUGCGAGAGCUGUGUGUGCUGCUCCUGUAACUACUCUGUUACCCUGUCCACGUACGGUAUAAGUCUGCCCGUGUUUUAUCCAAAUUUAGUGCCCAGGCCAAUGCGAGAGCUGUGUGUGCUGCUCCUGUAACUACUCUGUUACCCUGUCCACGUACGGUACACAUACUGGUAUGCAAAGUGGUCUCUCUUUUUUUUAAAUUCUUUUUAUUUGCACCCGCUGUUUAGAAAGUGUGCCGAGGAUUCAAGGCUGAGAUUGCAAGUGCUCCCCUGCACAUGCACACUAGCGCACAUGAUGCAGACCAGACACAUUGUACUGGUGGUGCCGAUUUGACUUUUUAAUCUUUUUACAUCGUGACUGACUGUGUCCACGCCAGUUGGGGUGUCUGCUA